AUGGCCACGGCGCCUGGGUCCCCGCAGCCUGCUCCAACCGGGCCACCUCUAGUGCGGAAGAGCGGCGACGGCUCCCGCGCCUCUGCGGCCGGGUCGUCCUCGCGAGAUUCAAGGGCCCAACCUCAGGAGAAGGCGAUUUCUAUGGACAAACCAGCUCCAGAGGCGCCUGCCCCCAGCCUGCCUUCUGAGGCUCCGAAGGCUCAGGAGCCCCCGACCUCUUCUGCUGCCGCCAACCUGCAGGUCUUGGCGCCGAUGUUGCUUCCUUCUCUUCCCAUCACGCCGUCGGGCCAUGAUCCUUCUGCCUCGGAUGGCACCCUAGAGGAAGCCCUUUCCGUGCUGGCCCAGCUUCGGGACGACCUUCAAGGCGCCGACCGUCGCCUGGCGGCAGGACGCCUGGAUUUGAUCUCGGGGUGGAUGCGCUCCGACGCGUCUGUCAGGACGGCAUUGAGCCAGGCCAUAGCAGCCUCCGAGGAAGGCGAGCGGGCCGCUGACCUGGCCGCUGCUGCCCGUGACACGACGCUGAAGGAUGCUGAGGAUGUCCAAGAGCACUGUCGGUUAGUGGAAGCCGAGCUGGAGACAAUGCGCAAUGAGCACACCAUUGAGGUUCGUCAGUGCGAGACGUGGGAGGAGAAGAUGAAGGCUCAAGAAGACGCGGUCGCCGCCCGUGACACCGAGCUGGAGCAGUCCGCGUGGGCGCAGGCCGAGGAGCACAGCCGCCUGGAGGAACGAGAGAAGAAGGUGGAGGCGGAGAAGGCCCAGCUGAGAACCAAGGUGAAGGUUCUUGUUGAAGAUCAUGCGGCCUUCAAAUCCCUUGAGCUGAAGUCCUGCGAGGUGCUGCUGGAACUCUACGGGAAGGGCUUGAAGAAGCCGUUGGUGACCGAGGCGGAAGGCCCCUCCGAGCUACUCCCUCAACUUGUCACGACGCUCAAGGGCGUCGUUGAUGGGAUCGGCCCCAUGGUGGAGGGGGAAGCCUGCGUGCUCUGUGCUUCAGGUCUGACGCGUAUUUUCAGUCAUCUUCAUCUUCGCGACCCCAGCGUCGACCUCGACACCCUACUUGAACCCGUGGACGAGGAGGACUACGAAGCCGCUGCCAAAGCCAUGAAGGACCGGGUGAAUGCCCUACUGGAGAAAUUCCUUGCCAUCGACCCCGCGCCCCCGGCUGACGGUGCCGCCGACCCUGCGGCCCCGGCGGACGUCACGAGCGACGGCAACGUUGUUGAUGAAGGGGCAGUCCUUGCGGGCGGUGGCAGCACCCAAGGCUGA